UAAAGAAAUUUGUUGACUGUGAUACCAACCAUGAUUCACAAUUCAAUCCAAAAACUAAGUUUGGAAGAUGGACUAACACUUCACUAGUAGUAUAAACUAAUUUUACUGUCAACUUUCGAAAAAAAAAUUUUACUGUCAAAAGAAAGAAAGAAAAAACAAAAAAACAUUUUGACUUAGACCUGGCCAGCUGUCACCGUCCUGAACUGACAAUUAGAUUGCACCAAGGUACAUUACAAACACGGAAUUUUAUAUAUCAGCAUCAACACCGGUGACUGAGAGAGACAGCGACACCAACCUGAAAAUAUCUCCAACUCACAAAUGCCAAAACCACAAUAGACGUUGUUUCCGUUUCCAAAUCAAUCCAUCACUGGAAAUAGGGCAAACCACAGAAAAGAAAAAAUAAUGGGAAUCUUUUUUUCACAUGAGAAACGUAACCAAACGCUCCUUCCUUCUUCAACAAUUAUCAUCAUCCAAUCCCACCAGAUAUUCAAAUUCCAUCGUCAAUUCCCCUGUUUGGCUACAAUCUGCAUAUUCCGCACAAUGCACCAGUCUUCACCAUCUCUCUAAGAUUAGGGUUUCCAAAACCUCUCCCUCAUCCUUCUAUAUAUCAUCUCCUUCAUAUUCAUCUUCUGCAUCAUCAUCGUCGUCGUAUUCAAAGAUGGGACUUCUUGUAUGGUAUUUGGGUAAGCUCGAGUCUCGUCCUCUGCUCACUAAAAGCGCCACUGCCUCAUUUAUGUUCGCCGCUGCUGAUUUGACCUCCCAGCUGGUGAACCAGGGAGUGGAUUCUUCAUUAGUGGAGAAACUGAAAUAUGAGAUUGAAGAAUUCUACAAGCUCCCUAUGGAAGAGAAAAUGAAACAUAAGAUGAGGCCUGGUGAUGUUGAAAGGAAUACCUUGGAAUCAUACUUUUCUGAGUUGCAAAAACUUUCCAAAACAAUUCUUGGGUUGAUGGCAAAGGCUCUACAGAUUGAUGAGGAAGAGGUAAAAGAGAUGUUUGAAGAUGGGAUGCAAUCAGUGAGGAUGACUUACUAUCCACCAUGUCCAAAACCAGAGCUGGUUGUUGGCUUUACACCGCACUCGGACGCUUCUGGCAUCACCAUCCUUCUCCAAGUCAAUGGAGUGGAAGGCCUCCAAGUUAGAAAAGAUGGAUUUUGGAUCCCUACAAACUUCCUUCCUUGUGCCUUUAUGGUGAAUGUAGGAGACUUUCUAGAGAUCUUUAGCAAUGGUGUCUAUCGCAACAUUGAGCACAGGGUGACAGUAAAUCCAUUGGAAGAGAGGAUCUCUAUUGCUAUGUUUUUCAAUCCCAAAUUCCAAGCAAAGGUUGGACCUACAGCUCGUACUAUAACCCCAGAAAACCCACCAUUGUUCAAAAGGGUGGAGAUGGAGAAGUGUGUCAAAGAUUUCUACUCCCAUAAGCUCAAUGGAAAGUCAUUCUUAGAGCGAAUGCAAAUUGAAAUUGAUGGUGAUCAUGAACUUGCUCAACAAAUAAAAUGGUGUAAUAUAUUGAGGUUUGAAGUUAAAUUUUAUAAAAUUGUGUCUUGUUUAAUGUUGUUAUAAAUAAAAUGGUGUGAUCGAUGUCUAUUAUGGUUUGGAGUAUAUGUGUUGUAUAUAAGUCGUACCACAUUGCUGGUGGGAUAAUGUUGUUAUAAAUAAAAUUGUUUUAUGUACUUGUUGGUUUGGAGUUAAAUCUUGUAAAUGGUAUUAUGGUACCUCUUGUAUGUAAAGUUAUACUAGUCUCUAUUACAUUGAUGAAUUUUAU